AUGACGGGCACGUCCAUGGCAUGCCCCCACGUCGCUGGCCUCGCGGCGAGGAUGUACGAGGCUUACCCCUCUGCGGGAUCCAUGACCGCUGCGCAGAGGUGGGAUCUCCUGACGGCCACGAACUGCACUGGCUGUGUCACCAACGAUGCGACGCCCACUCCCACUGUCAAUCUUGUGGUCUACGCCCUCCCAGCGAACCCGUGCUCUGUCUCCGACGGGACGGGGCCGAGCUCGAGCUACCCGUGCGACUGUGGCACCAAUUUGUGCACAGACGGCGAGCUCUGCACCAGCAGCACGAACACCUGCGACAGCGCAACUCCGACGCCUGCUCCUGUAGCGUCCCCCACGCCCUCGCCCACGCCAUCCCCAACCGGUGCGCCUACGCCAUCUCCUACGCCCUCAUCUACGCCUUCACCCACGCCCUCUCCUACGCCACUACCCACGCCCUCGCCGACGCCAGUGCCCUCGCCCGGACCAACGCCCUCGCCCACGCCGUUUCCAUCGCCUGGACCCACACCCGCGCCGACGUUCUCGCCUACGGCGUCGCCCUCGCCCUCGCCAACGCCCGGACCUACGCCCUUGCCCUCGGCGUCGCCCUCGCCCUCGCCAUCGUCCUCACCUACGCCCUCGCCUACGCCUUCGCCUACGCCCUCAUCUAACGCAACGCCGUCGCCCACGGCCUCUCCUACAGCUUCGCCAACGCCGUCAACGAUCUCACCUACGCCAGCGCCGACGGAGUGCACGGUCUGUCCAGACAUCCAGAUCUUCUCCGAUUGCCCGGGAAACAAUAAUCCGUCCGACUGUGCCGCUGCAGGUUCACUGGCGCAUCUCCCGGCUGCGAGUGGUGCCCCUUGGUCGGCGAGUGCCGCGUGA